GAAGUAUGCUCACAGGGAGGAUGCUAGUUCUGGAAGUUAGUUCAUCAAAACACUCAGCACCAACUUCUUCUAAAGUUUAUUCUACAACAACUUUUGGCAGUUGCUCCAUCCUGGUUCAUUCACUUGGUUGGAUUUUCUUGGCUUGGUGGAGAAAUUUUACUAUCUCUCUGGCAGAUAUGACAUUGAGCUGACUGUUGGUGAUGCUGUCAUGGAGAACUCUUUCUUACGGCCACUUGGCCAUCUUGAAUUAGAUCUUCCAGAAGCACCUACUAUCAAGGCACCCCGUCUUCCUCCACUAGCUGUUGAUCCAUACACGAGAUAUGGGCCCAAAGCAGAGAUAACCCACUUAUUCAGGACUCCUGAAAGUAAAGUUGCUAUAGAAGGGAGAGUUCAGUUUGAUCUGCUCCAGGUCAGCUUCACCGGUUCGAUGGAGGUAGGCCGUGAAAUAAUGCAUGCUGCAGCUAGCAGCAACUUGAAACAAGUUUCACUUGAAUUAGUAGGAAAGUCACCUCUUCUAAUCUUUGAUGAUGCUGAUGUAGAUAAAGCUGCUAGCCUUGCUCUCUUGGGCAUAGUAUAUAACAAGGGCAAGGGUUCCUACUGGAAGAAUUAUUUUGGAAUUGCCUGCUGGAAUGUUGGAUGAUGACAAGGGUGAUUUCGUUGGCACUGCAGUUCGUGAGGCUUCUCUCUCUCUCUCUCUCUCUCUCUCUCUCUCUCUCUCUCCAAUUCUCUUCAUGGCUUAGUUGUGCCU